AUGGAGAAAGUGUCAAAUAAGAUCACAGAAAAUAAAGAACUGUGCGACACUGAGAUUAAAAAGCUUCAGAAGCAUGUUGAUGAGAUAAUGGCCAGGUUAACAGAAAUUAGGAAAAAUAAUGAACGACGAUUAACUAAGGAUUUGGAGGAAGAAAAUAAAAAGUUGAACAGUGUGAAAUCAGAGCUAAACAAAAAGAAGAAAGAAAUAGAAGAGAUGGUAAAGUAUAUGGAGGAUAACAACAACACUAUGUCUGAUUACGGCUUCCUCGACAACCACAGGGAACUGACCAAAAAACUAACUGGUCAGGAUGUUACUUUUAACAACUUUGAUUAUUCAUUGAGAUACGUUAAAGGAGAAAUCAAUGAUGAGGUGAUGGAGAAUAUAAUAGGAAGAACUCAGGAUUUAAACAAUAUCAGUUUGAAUGAAACAAACUCAUUUAAAUAUGGAGAUAAAUCAAUAGUUAUAUUGAAAGCAUUUUGUGAAGAUCAGUGUUACAUAGAAGAUACAGAGUCAUCUUCCACUGAACAUGUAAACAAAGAUGGUGAGAAAAAAGAUAAAUGUAAUUUCGAACCUAAUGAUCUGUAUGUGACUGAUACUGGUGAUAUUUAUUUCACUGAUGGCGUCAACAAUGCCGUAAACUGUCUUUCAUCAUCAGGAUCUCUGUCUACAGUCGUCAGUACAGAUCCACUGGCACCAUGGGGAAUCUGUCGGUCAGUGGAUGGUGGACUACUGGUCACCUUGAGAGACAUGUAUUCAGAUCCUUACAAAUUAGAAUCACACAGCAGACGUCUGGUUAGACACAUCACAGUGACAGGUGAUGUCAUCCAUGAGUAUGAAUACCAAGAGAACAGUCAAACCAGACUGUUUACAUUGCCAUCCCAUGCCACACAGAACAGUAACAGUGAUAUUUGUGUUGUGAACCGUAUAAGUGCCUAUACAGGUGAACUAGUGAUUCUGUCUCCCUCUGGUCGUAUGAAGUCUGUCUACCGUGGACAGAACCUGACAGAGGACUUUAAUCCAGCUGAUGUAGUGUGUGACUCCCUCUGUAACAUCCUUGUUACUGACACAAAUAACAAACAGAUCCAUCUGCUUAGUCCUGACGGGGAGUUCCUGAAGUUCUUACUCCAGCAGAAUGAAGUGAAUCAUCCCGUCACAUUAUCUCUGUACAAGUCUACACUGUGGGUGGGAUACUGGGAAGGACUUGUCAACGUGUUUCAAUAUACAGUGUAA